AAAAUUGUUGAUAACAAUUAUAUAAGAUACAUUAAUAUUCUCAAGAAAGAUCCAGCAACACCAACACAGAAGAUCCAGUGGAUUGUGAAGAUUAAACAAUCUUCACAUUCAAUAAAUGAAGAACGAAAGCGAAGAAGAGACGGUAGUGAUGUGACCCGGUCGUAUUGUAUCCGAACAGAACAACGCCAUGGCGUAGGAUCGCGUAAAGAAAUCGUUUGA